AUGAAUUACUUGAGCUGGAGCUUGCUGUUCCAGCGUGUGCUUAAGAAUCCAGGCUUCUACGGUGUUGGGGCCGCUGUGGUAGCGAUCGAUUCGCCUAUCGCAAGCGGUGGCAAACAGAGCAAGCAGGGAAAGCAGUCAAAUAAACCGAGCAAGCAAGACGAGCAGGAGAAGUUCUUCCAGCAGCUGAUAAAAACAACGAUGCAGCAGCUCGAGUCGGGCAACUAA